AUGUGGCGGACGCUGGGACGGCCUGGGCCUGAAGAAAGGUCGAACCUGGUGGACAAUGAGUCCAAGUGGAUCAACACCGAAGAGGUGAUAGAGAGGAAGGGUAAGAUCCCAGUCACUGGUCGCUACUGCACAUCCAGGCGGCUCCGAGAUGACUACAGGGUUAACAGCAAGGUGCUGGGUUCCGGAAUGAGUGGCCCAGUUCAGCUGGCAACAGGCAAAGAUGGCGAGAAGUGCGCGGUCAAGAGCUUCAAGAAGCACGGCCUGUCCGACAACCGCAGGAUCGACCUCAAGAAUGAGGUCGAGAUUUACCUGGCCUUGGAUCAUCCGCACAUAGCAAGGCUGAACAUGGUCUAUGAAGACGACCAGGAGAUCCACCUCGUCAUGGAGUUCAUGUCGGGCGGCGAGCUCUACGAGCGACUUUUUGACGCCAAGGUGUACAGCGAGGAGAUGGCUGCCAACACCUGCCAUCAGAUGCUGCUGGCAGUCUCCUACAUGCACUCGCAUCAGAUUGCCCACCGAGACCUCAAGCUCGAAAACUUCCUGUAUGAACGGAAGGAAAACAAUCAUCUCAAAUUGAUCGACUUCGGAUUUGCCAAGUUCUGGGAUCGAAGUACGAAGAUGAGUCAGGCAUGUGGCUCCACUCACUAUGUGGCUCCGGAGGUGUUGGCCAAGUCCUACACCCUGAAAGCAGACAUGUGGUCUCUGGGAGUGAUCAGCUUUAUGCUUCUCACGGGGAGUCCUCCAUUCCAGGGCGGAAACGACAACGAAGUGCUGCGCAAGAUCAGGGCCGGCAAGGUCCACUGGUCCACGCGAUUCAAGCGCCUCUCAGAUGGUGCACAGGACUUCGUCAAGUCGCUGAUGGAGAUGAAGCCUGAAGAGCGUUUGGAUGCUGCAGGUGCUUUGAAGCAUCCCUGGAUCGUGGGGAGCGGGGGAUCGCGAGGCAGUAGUACCGUCCUCGACGAUGGUAUCAAGCUGAGCCUCCGAAAGUUCGCGAGGGCGUCAACUUUCCGCCGCGCGGUGUUGUCAAUGAUGGCGUGGUCCUUGUCCGCAGAGGAUAGGGCGCAGCUGCGAAACGAGUUCUUGUCUUUCGAUACGGAGAACAAGGGCACCAUCACCCAUCUCCAGAUGAAAGAGAUCCUUGAGAAGAACUAUCACAUCGACAGCGUGGAGGCUGAGGCCGUCUUCAGCAUGAUGGAUACCGACCACGACGAUGUCAUUGCUUACAGCGAGUUCCUUGCUGCCGCCCUCCAGGGACGGUUGAAGGUGCACGAGGACAUCCUACGGCGAACCUUCCGCAAGUUCGACAUUGACAACUGCGGUCGAAUUACGGCUGAGGACCUGCGAACCAUCCUGGGGGAACAGUUCGAAGGUACCGACGCUGAAGACUUGAUCCGCGAGGCUGACACGAACGGCGACGGGAUGAUCGAGUACGAUGAGUUCCUCCAGUAUUUCCACAACCACGAGCCUCAAGUCGAGGGUGUGGAGACCCAACCAGAGGCUGAAACCGGUCCCUGGACACGGCUGACUCGCUCCAAAUGCCGUCAGCAUACGGAGAAGUUGGCCAGAGUUAUCGAUCGGCUUCUGUCGCAGGAGUCAUCAGUGAUGGAUGCGCUGAGUCCGGGGACCAGUCCAAUGAAGCGUCGCAGCGACAAGGCGAAGACGCUGCCGGCCCUCAAGUCGUCCAGGCUCCGCUUGUUUGGUUGCGUUCGCAUUGGUAGCGACUCUGGUUGUGCCUCGACAACUGGACUAGCGAUGUUCUUCGAUGAGGAGUUGUUUGGCGACCAUGUUUCGGUCAAGUCCUCCAGCUCGGCUACAUCGGAAGAUGCAGGCGCUGGCGCUGAAGCUGCAAGUGUCAGAGACGACCCUGUGGGCGGCUCCGCUAGCGCUUCAAAUGGCUCUUCGAGCGCUGGAAGGCGCAAGAGGGGCAGCAGAGGAGGCCGUGCUGUGACAGCGGCACGGGACAAAGCUACUUCGGAGAAGAGGUGGCGCUCUGGCGCCGUGCCGGCCGCUCCGACCUUCAGCGGGGACGUGGAGACCGAUCCCUUCUGUUUAAGACACUAUAGGAGACGUCUGCAUCGCUGGGUGGCUAUCACGAAAGAGUACUUGCCGCCAAGCGAACAAGCGCUGAGAGCACUGGAGCAGCUGAGGGGCGAUGCUGAGGUCGAGCUUGAGGAGAUCGACGACUCCCGCUAUAACUGCGCAGAGGGCAUCAAGCUCCUUUUGGAGGACCUCGAAGUUAGCUUCGGGGAAAAGGAGUUGUUUCGGCAAGGCGGAGUGAUCCGAGAGUUUGAAGGGGUCACGCGUCUUCAGGGCGAGUCGGUGACAGCCUUUGUCAGGCGCUUUCGACUGCUUGAGAGGAAACUCCUUGAGAAUAAGAUUCCCUCGUACCCCGAACAAGCCCGCGUGAUCAAGCUCCUUGACGGGCUCAGGUUGGGUGAAAAGUCCACUUCAAGUUUGUUGCUGGCUGCAGGAAACCGAUACGAGAUGGACCGGAUCCAAGAUGCCAUAAAGAUCCAGUGUCCGGCGGGCAUGUCGGUCACAGGCCUUCCUCGUGGACGACCCGAUUUCCGGAAGAGGGCGGCCUCGACUCCAUCGACAGCCACGUCCUCUUCUCGCUCGAGCACUUCUUCGCGUCCUACCCGGUCCUCCCGUCCUAGUCGGCGCUGGUCUCAGUCGAACGCCGACUGGUACAACGAGAAUGACGGCGAGGACAAUGGCGAGGAAGACUUGGACGACAUCCCGGAGGGCAACGAGACCUUCGAGGGCAACGAGGACGAGCACAAUGACGACGACCAGUACGAGGAGGAUUACGACUACGUCGACAUCAAGGCUCUGACUGUCACUUCGAAGCAACUGGCAGGGCUGGCGCAGGCGCGCGGCUUCUACAGCCCGGACAAGGGCAAAGGCAAGAAAGGAAAAUCCAGAGGCAAAGGUGGAACUCGCAAAGGGUAUGGCGGCAAAGGCCACCAGAAGGGAGCUUCAAAAGGUUUCUCCAAGGGCAAGAACGGCAAGGGCAAAGGCGCCGUGGAUGCCAAUGCAGCUUUGAAGCAAAGCCGACUACGAGGUAGCCUUUGCCUUGGUUGCGGUUCCCCUGACCACUGGCUGAAGGAUUGUCCAUCGUACACGGUGCAGAAUGCCCAGCUGGCUAGUGCAUCCCUUGGAAAAUUUGCCCUUGAUGCCGAAGGCAUGGUGAAUAGUGCCUGGACUGUGCAGGCCCUGGAGCCCGAGCGCGUCAACCAGGAAAAGGAGUGCGACUGCUAUGCGAUGCCUGCCCUCAAUGAGUUCUUGGAUGAGUCUUAUGGACCUAAACUCCUUCAGCAGCCUUCAGUCCUGCUUCAGUACGCUUCGGGAGAUAGCUCGGCCUUCAUCAUUGCUGAUACAGGUUGCCAGAGACAGGUAGCCGGCACGGAUUGGCAUGUCAGGAAGGCUCUUGAGAUUCAGCCACUGCAGGCUGUCAAGCACCCAGACCGUUGUCGUUUCAGCUUUGGACCCGGGCCUCCACUCUCCAGUUUGGGGAGGUAUGUAUAUCCUGUCUCCAUUGCAGGCAAGCACUUCGCCAUGUGCAUUAGCCAGGUUGACGCAAAGGCCCCAGCGCUUAUGUCCCGAAAGGCCUUUGAGAGUUUGGGCGCAGUGCCUGAUGUUCACAAGGGCCAGAUUUACUUCCGGGCCAUGGACUGUGUUGCAACUUUGUGGCUUUCCCCUUGUGGACACUUGGCCAUUCGACUAGAUGAUUGGGGCGAGCAAGCCUUUCCUUGGCCCCCCAAGAGAACUCCUCAGGACCUACCUGAUAUCAUCAGCGACGAAGCCUUUGAGCUACUGAGCAACCUGCUCAAUUUCGUGGACCUGGUCAACCGGAUGGUCCUGUACUACUCAGCCUCGUCGCUGCCGGGACGAAGCCUUCUGAAAAAUCGCAUUCUGAGCCUGUUUGCCCUGCCUGGCACGGCGAGUUCGAUGCUGAGCUCCAUGGCGGUGAUUGCGGCCCAGGCGCAGAGCAAGAAGUACGUGAAGUCGCCGGAUCAAUGCCAACACCCCAGCGGAGUUCGCGGGCGGCGGCCUCAAGAUCAAGAUAUGCGACCUCUGCGGCUCAAGAUGGGUGACCAUGCCGACGGGCAAGUUGGUACCGGCUACUGUCAAGGAGUCACCUUCGGCGAGAACACCUCUGAAGCUGACGGAGGCGACCUUGCAGGCUCUCCGGGGCAAGAAGUCGGGAAGCGCGCCAAGCGGCGGUCUUCGCAGUCCUCCGCCGCCUCCCGCGCACCGAGACUCCUCGCGACCCUCCUCAACCUCCUGGCAGGCAUCUGCGCCAUCCCGGGCAGCUCCACCAACGAGAACUACGUCCUUGAGUGCGCAGACCAAGCCAAAGCCGAAGCCCAAGAGCAGCCAGAAGACGAGGAGGAUGGCCUGAACUCGAUACCUCCACGGCUGCGGAGGCAAUGGCUUGGGAGCGCGCGAGCCUCGGAAGCGUCCGACACCAUGAGCGUGGACCAGGACCAAGGCACCGAUGGAGGCAUUUACGACGAGAAGUACAAGUGGGCGGAGUAUGAGGAGCCGCUUUGGUGGACGACCGCCUCGAACGACAAUCUGGAGGGCUCAGAGGGUGAAGACCGCGGAGCUUUUCGAGUCAAGCCCGGGACUAUGAAACGAAUCCUCGGAAAUGAAAGGAUGAUCCAACAGACUCGGGACCUCGAGACCAAGGUUUAUCUGAGUCGUACGCAGCGUGCACGGCAACUCCGCCGCUACAAGACCGACUUGUUGGAAGUCUAUGGCGGCAAUGCCGGCAUAACUCAACGUGCCUUACAUCGAGGACUUCGGGCGCAUCAACCUGUUGACGCCAUCUACGGUUUGCGACUUGAUGGACGUGCUGACCAUGCAAGGCUGCGUAACCUGAUUCUUGUCAACAAGCCGUUUCUGGUUGUGUACGAGAUCGCUUGUACCGCCUGGAGCAAUAUCCAGUACCUGAACUGCUCUCCUGCUCAGCUACAAGCGCUCCGGCUUGAGCAAGAUGAGGCCAUAAAGGAGAUGGUUAAGACCAUCGUGGCGGCUGAAGAGGAGUACGGCGCUCACUUCCUCAUUGAGAAUCCCGCCUACGCUGACUUCUGGAGGCAUCCCGCCAUGCUCAAGCUCGCUGCCAGAAGCAACGUGGCAUUUCGCGUGGGGCACAUGUGUGCCUUCAACUUGCGAGACAAAGAUGGCCUCUUGAUGAAGAAGCCCACCGGCUGGAUGUCCGAUCUGACUGACAUCCUGGAUAGGGUUGGUCUUCCGUGCUCGUGCCAGACUCCUCACGGCCAAGUGCUCGGUGGCAACAGCAAGCGAGCUCAAGUCUACAGCCCAGAACUUUGCAAGGCCAUUGUCCAUGGGCUUGAGUCGUCCCUGCGAGAUGCAGGGGACGAAAGAUACAAUGCCGCCACCGAGGAGGAGGACGCUUGGUUAGCCGAAGCCCUGACCGCGGAAGAGACCCAGGUGGAGACGUGGCAGCCUCCCGGCGAAGAGCGACUCCACUCCGUGUUCUUCCUCGACAUCACCAGGCACGAGGAUUCAUGGCUUCCAAUCUUGAAGGAGGCUGAGUCUCAGCUGGAGGGCAAGGUCAGAUCCGACCGCGUCAUGCCACCCAACACGCCCUUUUUUGAGCAGGUGAAGGCGUUGGUGCCAUGGCGGCUCGUUCGAGUUCAAAUUUGCCGCACCCCUAUGCAACGCAGGCUGCCGGUCGACUUGAUCCAGGAGGGCGUCAAACAUCGUGGCGUGGCCUUGUGGUACAAUGACGGAUCCGUGGAGCUGGAGGCUGAGGCUAUUAGCACCAUUCUGUCUGCAGCUGCGGGUAGAUUCUCUCGACCUGUUCGAGCUGCCGUCUUCUUCUAUGGCGUUGCCCCCGACUCCAGCCUGAAUCCGGAGGACAACAAGCAGCCUCAGGUUAGCAAGAAGCAAGCCGAGUCGAACGUGGAGGUCGAGGAACAGGACAAGCUGUCUAAAUGGAGCACCUCGAUGGCUGCUACAAGUGAUCCGUCGGUGCCUCGGAACAAGCUGUGCAGGCCGCACGAGCUCUCAGAUGUGAGGUUUAACGACCGCCUGGGCAUGGACAUCCUCUUCUUGAAGGACAUCACUGGAGCUACGCAUGCCUACCUGUCUCAGGUGGACUAUGCCACUUCCUACCAUGCGCUGAGCUAUUUGGUGGAUCGGGCAGAGACCACGGUGCUCCAGGUUAUCGUUAAUGGUUGGAUGACCUACUUCGGAUGCCCCGACGAGGUGAUAGCCGAUGCUGAGGGCAGCUUUCGAGGCUUUAAGUGGGAGAACCUAGCGGCCCAGUCCUCUGUUAAGCUUCGCUUGGUGCCUGCAGAUAGCCAUUGGCAGCUGGGCAAAGUCGAGCGCCACGGCGGCACCAUCAAGUACAUGGGUAGUCGCCUGACAAGCCAGUUCGCGCCUUGUGGUGCACAAGAGCUAUCCCUGAUCGUAGCUCUUUGUGCUGCAGCCAAGAACUCUUUGAUGCGGCGAUCAGGCAGCAGCCCGGCGCAGUGGGUCUUCGGCAAGAACCCAAACCUCCCAGGGGCUUUACUCAGCUCAGGAGGUGACAUCGAGUCGUGCCAACUUGCAGCCGACUCGCACAACUUGCAGCGCAUUGAACAGAUUCGUGUUGAAGCUAUGACGGCCUUCCACCGCUUCGAAUAUGACUCUGCUCUACGUGCUGCGUUACUGCGCAAACCUCGUCCUUACCGAGGUCCCUUUGACAUCGGCCAGCUCGUCGCCUACUACAGGAAGCGCAAUGCAGCUGACGGUGAAGGCACCAACGAGGGCUACAGGCAGGGAACCGUUGUUGCCGUUGACGGCCAGUCUCUUUGGAUCAGAAACACCAAAGGUCGACUCAUUUGCGCCGCCAAGGAGCAAACCAGGCCUGUCGCUGGGGAGGAGGAGUGGUGGUCAUUGCCCGCCUUGGAGCAAGACCUACUGAAAAAUUCUGGCCAGGAUUUGCGCGACAAGCACGCGCUUGCUUUUCGUCCUCCUCCCGACGCUUUACCUCGACCUGCUGGCGACGCUCGCGCCGCUGAUCAGCUGGACGCCGCGCUACACAACCAAGGCCCUCCUCCUGCAGUGCAUCCAGGUGUUCUACCUUUUCUGGACGCAGAUGGACACCUUUGCCCGAAGAUCGCAUGGUGCCCAUGA